AUGGAAGGGCAGCUACAGGAGGCCCCACAAAACAACGGCACCACCACCACCAACGACAACAAUCAAAUUGUCUCACCACAUUCACCAUUGCCACCACCACCAGGCCGCGCCCACCAUGACAAUAUGUACAUCGUUCAAUUUCCAAAGGAUCAAGUCUACCGCGUUCCACCAAGUGAAAAUGCAUUCAUCGUUGAAAGUUAUCGCAAUACUACCAAUGAUAAGAAAAAGAAAAAACAACGUGGUUGUUGUUGCCCUCGAUUCUUGCUCACCAUUGUUUUAAUCCUUGUUACAAUCGUUGCUGUUGUUGGAAUAACAUUAGCCACAUUGUUCUUUGUUUUCAACCCAGAGGGACCCACAUUUACUAUUACCCGCUUUGAGGUAAAAAACGUUACUAGGCCACCACAUUAUGAAAUUUAUUUGAAGGCUAAGAAUCCAAAUAAAAGGUUGGGAAUCGUUUACGUAAAUUCUGAGGCUUCUAUGCUUUUCGACGAUACUGUGGUUGCUAAGGGGAAAUUUACAAAGUUGAUGGAACAAAGUGUAGAUGCUUCGACACAAUUUAAGGUUGUUGUAACAAGAACGAGCAAGGCAUUGCCCAAAAAAAUGGCAAAGAUGCCCGUGAACUUUGAAUUGGAUAUGAAUCUUGGUGUGAGGAUGACGGCUUCGGGACUCAAAACAUGGGUUAUGACAUCUCAUGUUGUUUGUAAAUUUAAGGUUAACAAUCUUGGGAAGGAUUCGAAAAUCUUGUCACAAUCAUGGGUUAACAGUUUCAAACAAUAUUGA